AGUGUCAUCGGCAGACAGAGCUCAGCUCUAAAGACCGACAAACUUUCACUACCGAAGUGUUAGCGCUGUACAGCUGCUGUGUUCUGGUACUCUCCGUCCUCGCGUGAAUGUGCGAAACACGAUCUGCUAUGAGAAAAUGUCUGCGAGUGAAGUAUACAUGUUCCGGCCGUUUAAACUAAUCGCGCUUCUUUGCGAGUUUCUCGCACUUUGCUUGGAUAUUGUCGCGUUGUUAAGCCCAGCGUGGGUGACGGCGGAUGGCUACGCGCUGUCUCUAUGGGAAUCAUGCAGGGAGAUCGAGAACGACUGGAGCUGCAUCUCCACCCUCAAGUCUGAUUGGCAGAUAGCAACACUGGUAUUGUUAUUAGCUGGAGCAUCUGUGACAUUAGUGUCAUUUCUAAUCGCAUUGAUCUCUUUGUGUAAAGGCACACACAAAAAGCACUAUCGUAUGGUUGCAGUGUUCCUCAUUUCGGCAGUGGUCCUCCAGGUGUGUGCUCUGGUUCUUUACCCAAUCAAAUUCAUCGAUGGCAAAGUCUUGCAAACAUAUCAUGAAUUCAACUGGGGCUAUGGGUUGGGCUGGGGUGCCACCAUCUUCAUGCUGGGGGGAGGAAUCUUGUUAUGCCUUAGAACAGACAUGUAUGAAGAUGGCAUGUACUAAGGCCAUCUCAUUCAACAGACUCAAAUUCUACAUCUGUUAAAACAAGCAAGCAGUAUCUAUUACGUCAAGAACAGCAUACUCUCAUUUCGCAGGGUCACACAUUCUCCACGUACAAACAUAGGUUGUCAACCUGAUAUCAUGAGAAUUCAGAAGUGCUGCACUCUUAAAGCAGAUCAAAAACAAAACCAACCAGGUUGUGUUUUCAAACCUGCACAGGUUAAAGACAACACGUUAUGUUAAUUUUAAGUCAACCAGUUGUUCUUCUUAACUCAGGUUGAUAUUAUUUAAAUAUUUAAAUAGUGAAUAUUUACGAAUAGCACAUCUCUGACACAAAUUGUUAUUUGUGGCACAUUAGUGUGUUAAAAAAACCUGAUGUGUUAAAAAACACAACUUGUGUUAAAACUUAACACACCAGUGUGUCUAGUAAAGAAAAACACAUUUUGUGUUAAUUCAGUUUUAACACAGCAGUGUGUUAUUUUUCUUAACUCAAGCAGUGUGUUAACAUUUAUAUCAUUAAUCACAAUCUGUGUCAUCAAUGUGCUAUAUAAGUCAAUAUUUACAUGUGAUUUGAAUACUAAACAUUAAUAAUACAAAAAUUACUUCACAACCACUGUUAGAAUGAACUACAUCUACCUGCUAGUAAUGUAAUGUUCCCAGAGUGUUCUCAGAGCUUCCCGCUGGUGUCAGUGACAUUUACUGAACAACUCCAGAGAUGAUCAAGAUGAGGAGCUCUUUAAAGAGUUCAGGGAUGUUAUAUGGAGGAUCUUCAGAUUAACACUGCUCAGUUUUUGAUCGCACAACGUUCAGGGCUCCAGACUCUCACUGGUUGCACUUUUGUGACUCUUGUGUGGUCAAAAUUUGUAUUUCUUUUGUUCCUACAACAUGGUAUUAAUCAGUGCAUGCAGAUUAACUUUUAUCAUAGUUUAUAUAAUAUUGAAAUUAAAGUGAUUAACAUUCAACCUGUUCUUUUUCAUCAUUAGUAAUAUUUGUAGGGGUUUUCUUGAUUAUUUUUGUAGUCACAUCGGAAAUCUUGCUGAUAGUCGAUUGAUAGUCAAAUCAUAUAUUUAGGGGCAGAGGGCAAAAAACAUAACCAAGGGUUAAGACAUUAAACAUUUUAGUAAGUCAAGUGAGACAUUGAUUGAACGAUAGUUAACAUUAAACGUCAUUGAAACCUUAAGAAUUCACAACAUGUUUUACGAUUGUGCUCUUAUAACGUUAUGUAUUUAUUAAUGUUCUGCAUUUCUGUUAUGAGUUGUGUGAUGAUGAUUACCUGUAGAGUGAAGCAUUUUGUAGCUGCUUUUAAUCAAUGGGAUUUAACUCAUUAUUUACCUCAUAUAGAAUAUACGCUUCGUUAUUUUUGCAACAUAACGUUAGCUUACAAGCUAUUUGCACAAAAUGCCCGAUUGCAGGUGUCUGCAAAACUGAAUUAACUCCUUUUGUGGAUGCGUUCUCUCAAAACAUUUCAAAAGUGUUAUUAUAUUAGUGUUUGUAUUGUCAAUAUUCUGCAUUGUUGUUCUGCUUGUGCUGAAGAGAUAAACACCAUACUACAAUGUAGCACUUUGCUGCAGCGUAGUUCAGUGGCUUUUUUAAAAAUAUAUUGUUCAUAUUGAUAUCAGAAUUACAUUGUAUUGACCCAAAUAAGAAGAUAUAUUGCCAUAUAAAUGUUGACCAUAUUGUCCAGCCCUCUCCUCCUCACCUUGCUUUAAGACAGUACAGAUACAAAUCCACUUAUAGGCAGAUUUAUUUUUUACAGGAUUUUUGAUCAUAUUUGCUAAGGGUGCCGAUAUUACAAUAGAGCAUCACUGUACGAAUGAUAUGUGAGAUCCCACACAUACACUUGUGCUCUAUCCAGUAAUAAACAAAUUGUCUACUAAUAGUAGUAAAUAGUAGAAGUAGCUUUGACUCAUUUUAGGUAUUUGCUGAAAUUGACCAUAUUCAGAUGCACCUGUGUGCUUGGUGGGGAAAAAUAUGAUAUGAAUACACUGAUUGGCUAUCAACUAUUAUAUACAUACUGUAUAACAUACUGUACAAUCCAUUCACCUUCAGGGGGAUAGUGAAAACCACAUUUAUCCAGUUGCAGGGAGUCAAUCUGAUAAAAUGUUCUGUGUCUGUCUCGGAAUGCCUGUCUCUCUUAAUUGAAUAUUGAAUUUAAAUUUGUAACGAUACUAUUUAUAUUUUUGUGUGUAUUUGUGUAAAUGCAUUUUCUAUAAUUGCCUUAUAUAGGUUUGUGCUAUAAACGUGUUUGUACCUGUAUUUAUAACUAAUAAAGAAAUAAGGACUGAAUCUGA